GCAGGACAUAGAGAGAGAGACCCAGUGAAGAUCUCUGAAGAAGUGAAGCUACAACUGAAGACUUCAGAAGGAGACUAUCACCAUGGCGAUAUUGACCAUCAUUCUGCUUGUCAGCACGGCUUUUGCUAUGGGAUAUGGUGCGAUACGACCCAAGACCCCAUGUGAGGAUGCUAGAGAUUCCGUGCCACGUGGCCAAGUUGGAGCCUACAUCCCCACGUGUGACGCCGCUGGACAAUACACCCCUGAGCAAUGUUGGGGCUCUACAGGUUACUGUUGGUGUGUGACCAGUUCUGGACAGUAUAUCCCGGGUACUGAGACUCCACCAGGCACUGGUCCAAUCAUAUGUUCCACCCAGAAUGGUAUGAUACGACCCAAGACCCCCUGUGAGAUUGCUAGAGAAAAUGCUUUGAAAAAAGUCAGGCCUGGAGUCUACGUCCCCACGUGUGACAACGAUGGACAAUACACCCCUGAGCAAUGUUCAGGCUCUACAGGUUACUGUUGGUGUGUGAACAGUUCUGGACAGAAGAUCCCGGAUGUGGACGUAGAUGAAAAGCGUUGGAACGAAGACGUUGAAGACUUGACAGUUGUCUUUGCUGUACUACAGGAACUAAUUCACUUUACAUACAAAUAAAAUGAAUCCAGAGAUUAAACUGUUGAUGUGAUAUGCUGAACAAUUUA